GCUCUCACAGAUACAGGAAUACACAUCUCAGAUAAUCUUAUUGGAAUACCAAGAGCACAGGCUAGCUGUGAAACAAGUCAAGAACCCACGAGUACCAUGAAGAUAACAGGUGCCUUUGUGCUUCUUGCGAUGGCAGUUCUUUGCUUAGCAAAUGCUGCCAAAGAGAAUGAGGUAGACUGCAGUGAAUACAGUCGGUUAGAGAGAGGAAGACCUAUUUACUGUGAAAGACUCUAUCAACCUUUCUGCGGCUCUGAUGGGAAAACAUAUAACAACAAGUGUUCUUUCUGCAAAGCAGUGCUGAAAAGCAGAGGUACCUUACACAUGAAGCAAGCAGGGGCAUGCUGAAUGGAUGCUGCAUGGUAGAGAAGAGGGCUGAGAACAGCUUUACACUGCCUUAUCACAAUCUCUUAAUUUAAUUUCAUUCAUUCUUCCUGAUCUGGUCAUGGUGAACAAAGCACACAGUGUCUUUUUCAGCUGUUCUCUGUCAUUUGCUGCUUCUCUCUGCUCCCAAGUGUUGGGAUUGACACUUCUGUCCUCCCUGCAAAGCACCUCCUCAGGAUUCCUGGUUUUCACAUGAGCCCUAUUCUUCUGACAGUGCUACCUGACCUUAGUGGACAUGUCUGUGCAGGCACUGCUUCUGUUUCCUUGUUGAAGUGUUUUCUUUCAUUUACUCAAACUUUUGCAGAUGCUUUUUUUCCAAAGGCUUCAGCUUUCCCAGGUAGUGCUUUGAUUCUACCAGGUUUGCAGCUAAACUUUACAUGCUCAUUUUUCUUCCACCUCUCUACAAUUGAUUCAUACGUGUUGCUACUUAGUCUGCAUGUUUAUUAAAAUAAACGUUGACUUGUUUUUCUUUUGUC